CCGGAUUUUUUUUUUUUAAAACACUCACGCUUUGACCAUCUGACCGACCGCGAGGAUCCCUCUUCAGGACUUCUGGAUUCACACUCCUCCUAAAUAUAUCCCCCCAAAACACACCUCCACCGUCGUGUGCUCUGGAGCUUAAUUUUUAAGUCUACAUUGAAGAGUCGCGUAGUGGAAACCAACUUUACGCAUUCAUUUUCUCCAAGAAUGGUUUUAUUGUUCGGCACGCGGAUAUAUCGCGUGUUUUGUUUUUAGCUUUUUCGCUUAUCGUGUGAUAACCAUCGAGUUUCGCUUUUAUUUAUUGAGUAUUUUUAAGCAGUGAUGUGAAGGAAGGAGAAAAAAAGUUUGUGAUCAGAUUUCCUUGAGUUUGUGAGACUGUUAUCUUGGGAUGCCUUGCUGCAGCUGCUGUCUGCUUAUGGAGGAGCGAUAUUUGACUGGAAACAAAGGCAAUUAACGUUAUUUUGGUGUAAAACUGCGAAACUUGUUUACAAAAUGAGACUUAUGGAAGACAAAGAGGGACAUUCGAGCGCUUCUGUUCGGACUGCUUAAUAUGUGGAUGAAAAACAGACCCCGUUUGUUGAUAAUGUUGUGUCUAGACUGUGUUUUGACUAUGACUUAAAACGCUGACCCGCGUCUCUGCUCUAUGGCUUUGGACGAAUAUUUGUCGUGUUUCGAUAUAAACAACAACAGAAGCUGCACCGAAAGGCUAUUUAUAUGCUAAUCUGACCCCCUUCUCUUUUGCCGUGUGAAUAUAUCAACGACGGCUGGAGUAAUGUCGGUGUUUUGCGUCCUUUUGCUGGCUUUUGUGCUGCUGCUCAGAGGCUCAGGAUCCACUGAAUGUAAAACAUACGAUGAAAGAUCCAGGAGUGCGGGGAAAAGCUCUCCUUCUGUGGCCACACUGGACAGAAAAGUGGUCUGCAGUAACAUGGAGUUCCGUCAGGUGCCCUCUCCUGAAACAUUUCCCAACAGGACCGUCUCACUGAUUUUGAGCAACAAUAAAAUCCAGGAACUUCUGAAUGGCUCUUUUGUUGGUUUAUCAUCACUGGAACGACUGGACAUAAAGAACAACAUAAUCACACAUAUUGAGCCAGGAGCCUUUUAUGGACUUUUCUCCCUCAAAAGAUUAGACUUGUCCAAAAACCUGAUCGGCUGCCUCCAUGUGGACGUGUUUAAAGGUCUCACAAACCUUGUUAAGCUAAACCUUUCGGAGAACAAAUUUUCUUCGCUUUCUCAAGGGAUUUUCGACAGCCUUGGCUCUCUGAAGAUACUGGAGUUUGACAGCCCUUAUCUUCUGUGUGACUGUAACCUGCAAUGGUUGGUGGUCUGGAUAAAAGAGAAGGCCAUAGGAGUGAAGGAAACUCGCUGCUCGUUCCCUCGAUCCCUACAGGGUCAGUUAAUCACCUCGCUCAAGGCCGAGACGCUCACCUGUGAUGCUCCUCUAGAGCUUCCCUCCUUCCAGAUGACUCCGUCGCAGCAUCAGAUCGUUUUUCAGGGCGACAGUCUGCCGUUUCAGUGCAUGGCCUCAUUCGUGGACGAGGACAUGCAGGUUUUGUGGUAUCAGGACGGGAAGAUGGUGGAACCUGACGCCACUCAGGGCAUCUACAUCGAGAAAAGCAUGGUGCAGAAUUGCUCUUUAAUAGCCAGUGCGCUGACAAUCUCCAACAUCCAGCUGGGGUUCACAGGGAACUGGGAGUGUCGUGUGCGAACCAGUCGAGGAAACAACACCAGGACGGUGCACAUCGUGGUUCUGGAGAGUGCAGCUAAAUACUGCCUGCCAGACCGAGUGUCCAACAACAAGGGCGAGUACAGAUGGCCUCGGACGCUGGCCGGCAUUACGGCAUAUUUGCCGUGUAAGCGCCAGGUGACCGGAGCAGGCAUUUAUUCGGGCAGCUCAGCAGAGGAUCGGCGUGCAUGGAGGAGAUGUGACCGCGGUGGACAGUGGGCUGAAGACAACUACUCUCGCUGUGAAUAUAUGAAAGAUGUCACACGUGUGCUCUAUAUAAUCAACCAGAUGCCUCUGAAUCUGACCAAUGUGGUGCAGACGGCGCAGCAGCUGCUGGCUUACACCGCAGAGGCACCAAACUUCUCUGACAAGGUGGACGUGAUCUUUGUCGCAGAGAUGAUCGAGAAGAUCGGAAAGUUUGCAGAGAAGUAUAAAGAGCUGGGAGAUGUGAUGGUGGAUAUCUCCAGUAAUCUGCUGCUGGCGGAUGAGCGAGUGUUAUGGAUGGCUCAGAGGGAAGCGCGCGCCUGCUCCCGUAUGGUGGAGAGUCUGCAGAGGAUCGCUCUCCUCAGAGUCAGUAAUGGAGCUCUGGCUUAUUCUACUAAUUCUCCAAACAUUGCUCUGGAGGCUCACGCCAUCAAGGCCAGCAGCUUCAAUGGGAUGACCUGCACUCUAUUCCAGAAGCUUUCGCCUGAGCGGACGAUCCUGGCUCAUCAUGGCGAAAUCAGCCCUGAACGGCAGCUCAGCUUCAAAUGCAAUGUCACCAGCAACCUGUCAGCGCUGGCCCUCAAGAACACCAUCGUGGAGGCGUCUCUUCAGCUUCCUCCAACUCUCUUCUCCUCUCUGGGAAGCUCAGGUCAAGCAGAAGAGGCCGUUUAUAAGCUUCAUCUGCUGGCUUUUCGCAACGGCAAACUCUUUCCUCCGACGGGAAACGCCAGCAUCCUCAGUGACGGCAGCAAGAGGAGGAGCGUCGUCACUCCAGUCAUGAUCACAAAGAUCGAGGGGUUUCCGCUGAGGGAUCUGCAGAGUCCGGUGAACGUGACGCUGCGGCGCUUCAUGCAGGGCUCAGAUGCUGUUCCUGCGUUCUGGAACUUCAGUCUUCAGGGUGGGCAAGGCGGAUGGCAGAGCGACGGCUGCAGGAUCCUCCAUCAGGACGACAACUUCACCACCGUGUCCUGCCAUUCACUCAAUAACUACGCCGUGCUGAUGGAUCUGAAUAAGACAGGGUACAACGUGUUCAUCUUCAGGCCUCUUCACCCUGUUAUCUACGCCACCGCAUUGGUCCUGGUGCUGUGCCUGCUGUCAGUCAUCGUCAGCUACAUCUACCAUCACAAAUCAGUGCGUAUCAGUAAGAAGUGCUGGCAUAUGCUGGUUAACCUGUGCCUGCACAUUCUCCUCACCUGUGCUGUGUUUGUGGGUGGCAUCAACCAGACAUACAACGCAAGUGUUUGUCAAGCGAUGGGGAUCGUCCUGCAUUACUCCACUCUGGCUACAGCGCUGUGGUCUGGAGUUACGGCUCGAAACAUCUACAAACAGGUGACACGCAAAGCCAAACGCUACGAGGAGCUGGACGAACCUCCACCUCCACCCAGACCCAUGCUCAGAUUCUACUUAAUAGGUGGAGGUAUACCCAUCAUUGUGUGUGGAAUAACAGCUGCAGCCAACAUCAAAAACUACGGCAGUCAAGUCAAUGCACCUUACUGCUGGAUGGCAUGGGAACCGAGCCUUGGUGCGUUUUACGGCCCUGCGGCCUUCAUCGUUUUUGUGGACUGCAUGUACUUCCUCAGCAUAUUGAUUCAGCUCCGUCGGCACCCUGAGCGCCGCUUCGAGCUCAAAGAACAGUCCGAGGAGCAGCAGCAUCUUUCAGUAACUGAAGCCACUGAAAUCACCCCGGCCCACCUGGAGUCCUCACCCGCUGCACAGCCCGUUCCCAUGUCGGCUCUGGAGAACGAGCACACUUUUGUAUCCCAACUCAUCGGCGUUGCAGGAUCCCUAACUCUUUACGUAGCACUCUGGGUGUUUGGUGCUCUCGCAAUAUCUCAAGAGCAUCCAGCAGAUUUGGUGUUUGCCUGUCUUUUCGGAGCCGUCGCUUUGGGUCUCGGUGCAUUUCUUGUUGCGCACCAUUGCGUAAACCGACAAGACAUGCGACGUCAUUGGUCGCAAGCUUGUUGCCUUAUUCGUCGCAACUACGCAGUACAAAUUGAUUCCCUCUUAUUACCGGUUGCAGGAUCCAGUGGAUCGGUAGUAACAUCAAGAGGAAAUGGAGAAGCUGCAAAGUGUCCUGCGAGCAGCGCCGAAUCCUCCUGCACCAAUAAAAGUGCCCCAAGUCUACGCAACUCAACCCAAGGUUGUAAACUAACCAAUCUCCAAGUCGAAGCCGCUCAAUGCAAAGUAGCCCCUUCGACUGCCAAUGGGACGGCAUUAUUGGAUAACAGCUUGACCGAGCAUUCGGUAGACAAUGAGAUUAAGAUGCACAUUGCGCCAAUCGAAGUCCAAUAUCGACCCAGUUCGGUCAACAACAACAAUCUUCCAGGCAAUGCCAAUAUUAACGGACACCCAGGGCGGCAUCAUAAGAACCGAUCUAGAGCACAUCGGGCUAGCAGGCUCACAGUUUUGCGAGAGUACUCGUAUGACGUCCCAACUAGUGUAGAAGGAAGUGUGCAAAGCGUCCCAAACAAGCGGCAUCAUCAUCAUGAGAGCCUACAUGCUCGUAAUAGUCGCCGGGCAGCCUAUUUGGCUUAUCGAGAGCGCCAGCAGAGCCAGCUUCAGCAGGAUAGCAGCGACGGCGCAAGCACUAGUGUGCCUCGCAGAUCACGCCACUUUAGCAAAGGUGCCCGCAUUGGUAAUGGUUUUGGGCACGGGAUCAGUAAUGGAGCCUUAUUGGAUGGAUCUGAGGCUGACGUUACCAACCAAACUAAAGAGUGUCCAAAACAAACCCUCGCUGUUGAACUGGAGGUGCAGCCUAAGUCUUAUGGGUUGAAUCUAGCGUGCCAAAACGGAUCUGCCAAAGACGCUGAGAGACUAAACGUCGAGAGUUCGGGGAAUGUUAAGACUGGCUUGUGGAAGCACGAAACUACUGUGUAGAGACUGCGAAUCAGACUUUUACCUUUAACUGUGAAUUGUUUUAUGAUGUUAAUCCAAAUGGUACAGUUUGUAAAAAAAUAUAGUUUUUGAAAGAAAUUGCUUUGAAAUGUUCGAAUUUUGGAAAAAGAAAUACCUAAGAGUGCGUGUAGUUUCCAACCUGGCUCGAAUUACAUACAAAUGGUCUAUUUUUGUAAACUUCAAGCCCAUUUUGUAUUUCGUUCUGAUAUUUUGUAUGUGAAAAUGCAUGACGAGCUGGGUUUUUUUGUUGAGUAUAUGUUGGCUGAAGUUUUUCAUAAUUGCAGGCGUCAAAUAAUAAUAAACAAAGCGAUCUUUACACGG